GGUAGCUAAGGUGGUGAGAAUGAAGAUCUACGCCACCAUUCCAUAAAAGUGAGACAUUUGAGCCAAAUAAUCGCAGGCCGUCCGUAGAAGACCUCAGUCAACGAACUCUAGGGCUACGAGCAUUCCAUUUUAUCUAGAUAUUUUACCCCUAGCAUAGACAUAGGAGGUUGAACGAAGCGGCGUGCCCCUUUCCUAAGGUCCAUGGAUGUAGGUAGGUAAACAAAAUGUAUUUCAAGAUCUAUAUUCCCCGACUAUGGACUCAGCAUGCCAUCUACAAUAAUAACAACAGCUUUUCUCCAAGUCAAUUGGCAAUUCUUCUAAUUCCGAUACACACAUCCUAAAAAACAUCUUCAAGCUUGUGGAUAGCAUAUCUACCUUACUCGUAUCUCAGAACUAAUCGACGACAUGGGAUUUUCCAAAGCGACAGCCGCAGUUUACCUGCUCGCGCUCUCCGCCCUAGGCAGCGCAGAGGUAACCACGACAAGCACAGGCACAAGCACGUCGACGAAAGCAAUCCACUCCAUAACCACAACGACCACAACAACCUCGCGCACAAUAACCCACACCAGCGCCACCAUCCCCGCCGGCAGAACCAGCACCUCACACGAGUCCGUGCCGGGCGUAACCCACAUCCCCGACUCCGCAAUCAUCCUCUCCGUCGAGCGCAAGCACGAAUCCCAAGAUUCCCCGGAAACCCUAUUCAUCAGCGCCUCCACCCCCUUCCUAACCCCCUCCUGCGCCUCCGCGUCCGCAUUCAACCUCACAUCCAGCCGGCUCUCACUCCACGGCCACCCCCUCUCCACAACCGCCGACAUCGUGUUCCAGCCCCUAACCACGACAAAAUUCCCGUCCGCGCUGGACGGGAGGAUGGGUAUAGACACCGGGUUUAGCGUUGAGGACGGGUACUUGCGGUGGUAUAAUGGCCGGUUUUAUGGGGGGCGGGCGAGGUAUUGUGUUACUGGGGGAGGGAUGGUGAAUGUGGUUUUUCAUGUAAGCAAGACGUGGCCUGAGGGGUGUGAGGAGGUGGAUUUGAGGGUUUGGGGAGAGGGGGAGUGUGGGGGGGAUAGGGUGGUUGAGGGGGGGAGGAUUGGGGAGGGGGAUGAGGUCAGGACGACGGGGGUGGAGAGUAUGACGCCUGCGGCGGCGGGGUGGGAUGAGUUGUGA